AUGGAGUACGAGUACCCCUACAACUACAACGGCUGCGGCAGCAACAAGGAGAAGAGGCCGCCUCUCAAGAGGGGUCAGCUCAAGGUGCAGAUAGCCAAGACCCUGGUGGGCGGCCUCGUGGUGCCGGCCGGCGCCACCAGCAGAUCGAACUGGGGAUUACCUUUCCUGAAUCCUGAUUUGUUCGUCCACCUCUCCUCAACUCAAUUGAUCUCUCAGCUGCUCAUCUGA